AAUUCCUAUGCCACAAAAAAAAAAAAAGUCAACAAUGAGCAUAGGAAAAAGAUAUUGUCAGACUGGAGACCUCCCUUGCUUUGCUUUCUUUCUUUUAAUUGCUUUUCCUGCCAUAUUUUCGAUUCUGAAGGCACUUAGCAGGAGAUGGUCCCUGGAGGAGGUGCUGAGCUGUGAAAAGAGCUUGGUGAGCCCUGGGCUCUGCUGCAGCCUGGGCAGCUCCUCACUCAUCCCCAGUCUGACAGGACUCAGCAACUCUUCCUUAGCCCAGUCCAAAUCCUCUGGAAAACAGCAGGAAAACAUGCACUGAACCCUGGCACUUUGGGAUCAAACCCCCUGUGAUGGUUUCAGUGAGAAUGGCGCUUCUUAGGGCUUUAUGCAGAAAACAGAAGAGGAAAUCUGCCCAAGCAUUGGUCCUGCCCAGCAGAGCCACCAUGGUGCACUGGUCAGCCGAGGAGAAGCAGCUCAUCGCCAGCGUCUGGGGCAAGGUCAGCGUGGAGGAGUGCGGUGCUGAGGCCCUGGCCAGGCUGCUGAUCGUCUACCCCUGGACCCAGAGGUUCUUUGACAACUUUGGGAACCUGUCCAGCCCCACGGCCAUCAUUGGCAACCCCAAGGUGCGUGCCCAUGGCAAGAAGGUGCUCACGUCCUUUGGGGAGGCCAUCAAGAACCUGGACAACCUCAAGGGCACCUACUCCAAGCUGUCUGAGCUGCACUGUGAGAAGCUGCACGUGGACCCCGAGAACUUCAGGCUCCUUGGAGACAUCCUGGUCAUCGUGCUGGCAUCCCACCUGGGCAGGGAUUUCAGCCCGGUGUGCCAGGCUGCCUGGCAGAAGCUCGUGGGGGUGGUGGCUCACGCUCUGGCUCACAGGAUUCCCAAACUCUGUAGGGCUCUCAAGUGCGGGAUUCCCGAAUCUCCUGUGUGGAAUUCUCAGUGCGGGGAUUGGCACAGACACUCGGUGACCCCCGGGAGGACCCUGGGAAAAGGGAGGACUGCAAACACAAUUGUGGAAUCACAGAACCUCCUGAGUGGGAUGGGACCCAAAAGAAUCAUCGAGUCCAACUCCUGGCCGUGCACAGAACCCCAAAAUCCCACUACGUCCUUGAAAGCCUUGUCCAAAUCUGUUCUCCCAGCUCUGCAGUGAUGUGGGGUAAGGUGAAGCCAGCAGCAUCAGGAGCACAAAAUUCCCUCAUGGUGCUGCUGCUACCCUCAGGUAGCUGCUCUGCCCAUCCCUGGACCUGCCAGGCACCAUCUCCGGUGAGGGCACCUGAUCUAGGAGAAAAUCUUUGAACUCAGACCCCAGGGAGGUUCAGAAGAGGUUGGAGAGGGACUGAGGACAAGGGAGGGACAGGACACAGGGAAUGGCUUCCACUGCCAGAGGGCAGGGCUGGAUGGGAUCUUGGGAAUCAGGAAUUGUUCCCUGGCAGGGUGGGCAGGCCCUGGCACAGGGUGGAAUUCCCAGAGCAGCUGUGGCUGCCCCUGGAUCCCUGGCAGUGCCCAGUUCCAGGUUGGACAUUGGGGCUGGGACACCCUGGGACAGUGAGAGGUGGCCCUGCCAUGGCUGGGCUGGUAUUAAAUGGAUUUAAGGUCUCUCCCACCCAAAGCAAUCUGGGACUUUCAUGGUGGGCUUCAGGAGGAGAGCUGCCAUCUCCCAGUGCCUGAGGAAUCCAAGCACAGGUCACAGCUGUGAUUUCUAUAAUUUAACACAAUUUCCCAGUGCCUUUUCCUGCCCCUUUUGCCAUAGAGCAAUCCUCCUCUCCUGAAUUCUGCUUGGUCAUUGCUCUCUGCUGUCGUGGUGGAUGUUCCCUUCCUUUCUUUCCCAGGCAGCAGUGGGUGCAGCUCCUCCAUCAAAGCUUUGUGCUGCUGUGGGAGAACAAUCCAUCAUCCUGCUGGGGUGAGCUCCCCACCAGUCCAGAGCUGCAUGGUGCGAUUCAGAGGCACUCAGGAGUUUUCCAUCUUUUCUUAAUCAGAACCAAAUCUGAGCUGAUUGCAACUCCCAGCAUCUUUUAAAGAAUUCCUAUUCAAAUGUUAGUCAGGAGCUGGUGAACCAAGGGACUAUCAGGUGUAAUUAUUUUUAUCUGGCCUUUCCCCCACACUUAGCAAAAUUUCUGGAGCAGAAAAAGUCCCCAGUUCACUUCUUAGCAAAGGCCAAAAAUACUCUUUAAGCAGCUCUGUGCUGCCCCUGCUGGGAUUAUUUUUCAUGUAUUUAUAGGCACAGUUUUACACCUCUCAAGGGAAUUCUGUCGGGAGUGGCAGUGCCAUGGAGCAUUUCAGGAGCCUGAGUUGGAGGGGCUGGAAUGCAAUGACAGCAUCAGCUGCCCCUGGCUGUGCCUGCUGUGUUUGACACUGCUGGAGCGAGGGGGACUACAGUGCACUUGCUCUGAUGUUUAAAAGAUGCUUCAUUGCUUUUGAGAGAUAAAUAAAGAUGUUGUAUUCUCCAGGAACUGCGUGGGAAUUCCCGACUUGCCCAAAGAGUCUGUGCUCCUGCAGGGGCCGUUUCAGGCAGGUUUUGAUGCCUUGUCAUGUCUCAGAGAUACUUGGACAGAAAAUCUCUUCACCUGUGGCACAAAGGGAUCCUUGCAGACUUCCCAGGAUGACUUUAACCCACAUGGCCAAAGCAAGAGGGGAGACUGCAGGGAUGGGACCAGCCCUCCUUGCUCUCUUCCCCAAGCCCCUUGCACCAGGAACAGGAUCACGACUUUUCCCUGUCUCACUGCCACCAUCUGAUGUCAUGGCAACUGCAGCAGUGCUGCAAAGCCCCUCAGAAAUAGCGUGUGGAUGCUAAAAGAUUUUUGAUCCCUCGGUGACUUUGGAGAAAGGAAGGUUGGAAACCCCAGAGGGGCUUGUCAGAGCUGAUUUCUUCAUCUUUCCUUUGUUCCACCCCCUUGCCUCCUCCCCUCUGUCAGUGCCCUUCCAGCCCCAGUUCUCUGCAGCAGAGAACCAGCCACGUGCAGGAAUCACAUUUCUGAGCUGCUGCUGAGUUUCUCUUUCCUACCCCCAAGUCCAACCUGAAGUGCAGGAGUUCUCAGUGCCUGGCACCCCGUGACCUUGGAGACCAGGCUCUUCUUGGGCAGUUCUGAUAUUUUUACUGUGUCUCCCUCAACCUUUCUUGGCCCAGGUCAGGCGAGGGCUGCUGUGCACAGAUCACCCUGCUCCUCCUUCUCCUCAGCCCUUUCCCAGCCCUCUCUCCACAAAGUUUUGCCAUGGGAAAACUCGACUCUUGUCAGGCACGUGGAGAAGGGAGUGUGAGGCUUUAGCACAGAAUGAGCAGAACCCCAGAGUCAGUGAGGCUGGAAAAGCCCUCCAGGGUCACAGAGCCCAGCCUGUGCUGUGAGCCAUGCCUGGGGAUGGUUCCAGCUCUCCUGGAUGCACUGGGAGCCUGGCAGCUGGUGCUGGGAAGGCCAGCCCAGCCCAGGAUGAAUUCCCCAGCCUGGUGCUGCCCACAGGCUCCUCCAUCAGGGCAGGGCUGAGCAUCCCUGGGGGAUCCCUCACGGCAGCACCAGGCUGGGGAGUCCAUCCUGUGCCCGUGCCUGCUCCCCGCUGCUGUGUCCCACAGGGACACGGCCAAAAGGGGCUCAGAACAUUCCUGCCUGUGGCUGCCUGUGCAGCAACCCAGGUGAGCAGACCCACGGAUGGGCAGGGUGCCCACCCUGCAGGGCAGCCCCGUGGGCAGACGACGGGACUUGUCCCAAUUUUUACCCAUUUUUACCAAGCCCAGAACAGUGGGUGAUGCACAGAGUGAGUAAAUCCAUCUACUGUUUUUUGUGGGAUGCUGCAGAAGAUGUGGAUGCUGUGCACGUCUGAGUUUGCACGCUCAGGUUCCAAUACUCAAAUCUGUAUGUUCGUGUUGAAGGACAUUAAAAGCACUCUGGAAAGCUGCUGCUGAUCUAACUUAUCUAGCAAAUUAUUGAGCUGCUGAAGUGAGGAGUGGAGGCGCAGAUGUCUGGAGCUCUGGCUGGAUGUGGGGCAGUAGAAAAGGCACCAAAUCCAUUUCUCAUAGCAUGCUGAUGAGUUUAACCCUCCGUUAAACGAUGCCAAGCUCCCUGUUUGCAUAGACAGACGAGUGUGAAUUCCUUGAAUGCUGGGGGGCUGGAAAAGUUUAACUUCUCUCACACCAGCUCCUAAAAAGAGCAGUGGGCAAGUCAGGAACUCAUUAGUGUCAGCUUGAGGGGCAUUUUAUUGCUUGCUUUUAAUUUUUUUUUUUAACAACCCCAAAGGCACCAUUGUGCAUUCAAAGCUUGAGCCCUUUAAGCAUCUCUUUUCUGUUAUGAUUUGUAUUCCACAGAGCAGCAUUUCCCUGAGGGCUCUGUGGGCUGGGGUUGGAAGCCCUGAGCUGACAGUUCUGUAGGAGAUGAGCGCUGGGUUUGUGCACACUGCCUAAUUUUCCUCACAGCUGUAGCUGCAAUAACAAUAUUCCUGAUAAGAAUUAGAGUUGCUGUGUGUUUUCCUAAUAACUAUCAACUGAAAUGCCUGGCACUGGGAGCAGCUGGGGUUAUAGCAAUGGCAGCAGCAGCUGGAAUACUGAAUGAACUCGGAAAUGAAGGGAAACAAAAAGUUCUGGAUUUGCCAAUGCCUUAGACCUGUGGGAGUGACCUGUGCCCUCGAGCGUGGGUGACAGAGAAAUUCUGGUAAUUGCUGCUGUUUCUGUAGCUCCUGGGAGCACAGCCCCAGUGGCAGGGGCUGCACAGACACAAGACAGGAGACAAAUGCAGCCUUUCUCCUUUUCCAUCUGCUGAAGGGUGUGAUGAGAGACAGCAAAGGGUGCAGGUGGGGCACAGGAGCACCAGAAAUCAUGGGAUGGUUUGGGCAGGGAGGGACCUUAAAGCUGCACUUGUUGCACCCCCUGCCACAGGCAGGGACAUGUUCUGGGCUCUGUGGGAGAGGAGCUCCAGCUGGAGGGGCCCGCACACCAUGGAUGACCCAAAUCCCACAGCGAAGUGGUUCUGAUGAAAUCCCUUUGCAGGGGGAAGGGGGAAACUGGGAUUGCUGUAGGACUCGAUUUGAUCUGUGCUGUCACCAGGGAGCGCAAGGAGGGCACAGGGAGCUCCCAGAGCUGGCAUAGGACACCAAGGCAGGCUCUGGACUGAUCACAGCUGUCCUCUGUUUUCACAGGGGUGUUGAAACCUGGGUUCCACAUAGAGAAUGUGCUUCCUUCUGCUGCAACAAGCUUUGUACAGCCCUAGCACCCCAGAGCCACGCCAGGUAUCACCUGGUGACACCUGACUGUGACAGGGCAUCAGUGGGACCACGAGUCCUGCACAACCUCACAGAAGGGAGUUCAAAAAGCACUGUUGCCCUCUCACCACUCUUGGUGGAGCUGGUGGGUGUGUGUGACACAUCAGUUUGUGUGUGACACAUCUGUGUGUGUGUGACACAUCUGUGUGUGUGUGACACAUCUGUAAUUGUGUGACACAUCAGUUUGUGUGUGACACAUCAGUUUGUGUGUGACACAUCUGUGAGUGUGUGACACAUCUGUGGUGUGUGACACAUUUGUUUGUGUGUGUGACAUCUGUGUGUGUGUGACACAGCUGUUUAUUUUGACUUGGCUGAAGCAGCAAGAGGGAAUUUUACCUUUGAGAUCAGCUCCUGGCCAGGAGAAGGACAGCUCCUGAAAAUCACAACACUAGUGGAGCUGGAGGAACCUCUGGAGGUUGGAUGAUAGAGGAUGAAUGAUGGA